AUGCCCGUCUCGCACCUCACGCUCACCGUCUCCAACCUGCCGCAGUCGACCUCCUUCUUCCUGUCGUGUCUGCAGCCGCUGGGCUACCGCUUCAUCGGCCGCCAUGAGAACAGCAUCGGCUUCGGUGCCGAGCCCGGCCAGCCCGCCGACUUCUGGAUCGCCGAAGAGCGCCCGGGCGUGCCCGCCGGCGCCGCCCACAUCGCCUUCCCCGCGCCCUCGCACGACGCUGUCGGUGCUUUUUUCAUCGCCGCCCUCAAGGCCGGCGGCAAGAUCCACGGCGAGCCAUGUCUGCGCGACGCCGACCAGGGUUACUACAGCGCCGCCGUCAUCGACUUCGACGGCAACAGCAUUGAGGCCGUGCACCGCGCCCGCGCUGCUGCCGCCAGCGCCACUGACGACCGCGCUCUGACCGUCGUCGACCGCGCUUCGUACGUCUCCCGCGCCGUGUCCACCAAGAGCAGCAGCCGCGUGCCCAAGUCCGAGGUUGGAUCGGUGGCCCGCCGCAGCUCCGUCAGCGUUGCGAAGAGCAGGACUCUGCCGUCUAUCGAGCGGACCGCCGUGGCCAAGUCGACCGUGUCCGUAGCGAAGCAGCCGCCGGCACAGACGACCUACCAGCAGCAACCGCAGCAAUCCACGGCGUCCGCGUUCCAGCAGCCCGCGCAGUCUUCCGUGGCGAAGCCCGUGGAUAAUCUCAGCGGCGCCAAAGCCGUCGUGGGCACGCUCCUGGGCGCCGCCGCGGGCGCCGCCAUUGCAUAUGCCAUGGUCAAGGGCGAGUCGCCGCCGACCGAGCCCGCGCCGCCGCGAUACACGGAGGAGCCGCUCGCGUACGCGGCCAACCAGGCGCCGUCAGAGUACAAGGCGCUCGGCCCGCCGCAGCGGUCCAUGUCCGUGGACGACGGCAUCUCCGCCUACGCCCGCACCACGUACUCCAAGAACCCGCGUGCCAGCACCAUUUUCGAGGGCAUCGAGCAGUGCACGCAGCUGCUGAGCAAGGCCGCCACGCUGGCCGGCGGCGGCAAUAACCUCCCCCAGAUGCAGCAGCUGCAGCAGCAUCCCGAGAUGCACCGCUCGUCCAGCGGCAGCAUCGUCUACGCCACCGGUGAGAUGCCGCUGCGUGCCAUCGAGGGCAUCCCCGAUGACUACGACGGGGCGUCUGAAUUCCCUUACAACAACCACCGCAACCCCAGCACGUUCAUCAGCAGCUUCACCGAGCGGCCGCGCCGGCGCUUCGAGGAGGACCGCCGCAGCAGCUACUCGGGCCAGAGCGGCAGCAGCAGCGUGAUGUCGUCGUCGACCAUCAAGCCGCCCAAGUCCAGCCACUCGCGGCCGGCCUCCUCGCACCGCUCGCACUCGUCGCGCUCCGUCAUCACCAUCAACGACAUCUACGACAAAGCCCCGUCGACCACCGCCUCCGGCUACUACUCCGCGCGCAACAUCCCGCUGCCCAGCGGCUCCGUCACCACCAUCACCAGCACCACCACCUCCUCCUCCAAAGCCGCCUCCCGCAACAGCAGCAACAGCAAGCGCAGCACCACCACCCACUCGUCCGCCGCCCGCCACGUGCCCCUGCCCGCCAGCAUCGCCGGCACCAGCACCAUCUUCCUCGACGACGUCGACGUCGACUCGCACGUCACGCUGCCCACGGUGCUGCCCGAUGGCGGCGGCAGCCGUGCGUCGCGCAAGACGACGACGACGACGUCAUCCCGCCGGCGGCGCUCGCGGUCGGGCUCGCGCCGCGGCUCGACGGUGAGUCUGAGCGCGAGCAGCCUGCGCGGCAGCGGCAGCGGCAGCAAGUUCGACGAGCCGGUGCUGCCGAGUGACAGCGUGAGUCAGAUCGGGAGCAAUGUGUCGAGGAAGAGUGGGAGGAGUCGGAAGUAA